GAGAGCGGGCGAGGUUUCCGGUGUUGUGGCUGCGGGGCCGCAAACAUGGCGGCGACGCUCCGCGCCCGCUCGCUGAGGCACCUCCGCAUCCGAGGUCGGAACGACAGCGGCGAGGAGAACGUGUCCCUCGAUCUCAGCCGAGACCCCUGUGAUAAUAUGAGAGAGAUUCUCCAAAAUGUGGCCAAAUUACAAGGCGUGUCAAAUAUGAGAAAACUAGGUCACUUGAAUAAUUUUACUAAGCUUCUUUGUAAUACUGGCCAUGCUGAAGAAAAGCUAGGUUUUACCUAUGACAGCAUCAUAAUAUGUCUGAGGUUAGCUUUACUGAAUGAGGCAAAAGAGGUGCGAGCAGCAGGAUUGCGAGCCCUCCGCUAUCUUAUUCGAGACUCCAGUAUUCUCCAGAAGGUGCUAAAGCUGAAAGUGGAUUAUUUGAUAGCCAGGUGCAUUGACAUACAACAGAGUAAUGAAGUAGAAAGAACACAAGCACUUCGAUUAGUCAGAAAGAUGAUCACUGUGAAUGCUUCAUUGUUCCCCAGUUCUAUAACUAAUUCUUUGAUAGCAGUUGGAAACGAUGGUCUUCAAGAAAGAGACAGAAUGGUUCGAGCAUGCAUAGCCAUUAUCUGUGAACUAGCACUUCAGAAUCCCGAGGUGGUGGCUCUUCGGGGUGGUUUAAGUACCAUCUUGAAAAAUGUGAUUGAUUGUCAGCUAAGCAGAAUAAAUGAGGCUCUGAUAACUACAGUUUUACACCUCAUUAAUCAUCCAAAGACCCGACAGUAUGUGCGAGCAGAUGUAGAAUUAGAGCGAAUUUUAGCCCCUUACACAGAUUUUCACUACAGGCAUAAUCCAGACACAGCAGAAGGACAACUCAAAGAGGACAGAGAAGCACGGUUCCUAGCUAGUAAAAUGGGAAUAGUGGCAGCAUUUCGAUCAUGGGCAGGUAUUAUCAGCCUGUGCAAACCUGGAAAUUCUGGGAUUCAGUCUCUUAUUGGGGUACUCUGUAUACCAAAUAUGGAAAUACGGCGAGGCCUGCUUGAAGUUCUCUAUGAUAUAUUUCGCCUUCCUCUUCCUGUUAUCGCAGAAGAGUUUAUUGAGGCACUUCUCAGUGUAGAUCCAGGCAGGUUUCAAGACUGCUGGAGACUUUCUGAUGGCUUUGUAGCUGCUGAAGCUAAAACCGUAUUACCCCAUCGAGCCAGGUCAAGGCCUGAUCUCAUGGAUAAUUACUUGGCAUUAGUGCUUUCAGCUUUUAUUACCAAUGGACUUCUAGAGGGUCUGGUUGAAGUGAUCACGAGUAGCGAUGACCAUGUGUCUGUUAGAGCAACUAUCCUUUUGGGAGAACUUUUGCACAUGGCAAACACAAUUCUUCCUCAUUCUCACAGCCAUCACUUGCACUGCUUGCCAACACUGGUGAAUAUGGCAGCAUCUUUUGACAUCAUGAAAGAGAAGAGACUACGAGCAAGUGCAGCACUCAACUGCUUAAAGCGUUUUCAUGAGAUGAAGAAAAGAGGACCUAAACCUUACAGCCUUCAUUUAGAUCAUAUUAUUCAGAAAGCAGUCUCAACACACCAAAAAAAGGAUCAGUACCGUGUACAGAAAGACAUCUUUAUUUUAAAGGAUACAGAAGAAGCACUCAUCAUGAAUCUUCGAGACAGCCAGGUUCUCAAUCACAAAGAGAACCUUGACUGGAAUUGGAAUCUAAUAGGGACCAUACUGAAGUGGCCAAAUAUAAAUCUAAGGAACUAUAAAGAUGAACAAUUGCACAGGUUUGUAAGGAGAUUGCUGUAUUUUUACAAACCUAGCAGCAAACUCUAUGCCAAUCUGGAUCUGGACUAUGCCAAGGCAAAGCAGCUCACUGUCGUGGGCUGUCAGUUUACUGAAUUUCUUCUUGAAUCAGAAGAGGAUGGACAAGGUUACCUGGAAGAAUUGGUUAAAGAUAUUGUACAUUGGCUCAACUCUUCAUCAGGAAUGAAACCUGAACGCAGUCUUCAAAAUAAUGGGUUACUAAAUACCCUUAGCCAGCACUACUUUCUGUUUUUUGGUACUUUAUCUUGUCAUCCUCAUGGAGUGAAAAUGCUUGAAAAAUGUAAUGUGUUUCAGUGUCUUCUUAACCUUUGUUCUUUGAAGAACCAGGAUCACUUGUUAAAAUUGACUGUUUCUAGUCUGGAUUAUAGCAGAGAUGGAUUGGCAAGAGUCAUCCUUUCUAAAAUCCUGACAGCAGCUACUGAUAGCUGCAGGUUGUAUGCAACAAAACACUUACGAGUAUUACUGAGAGCUAAUGUAGAGUUCUUCAGCAACUGGGGGAUUGAGUUACUGGUGACCCAGUUACAUGAUAAAAAUAAAACUAUUUCUUCUGAGGCACUCGAUAUUCUAGAUGAGGCAUGUGAAGACAAGGCCAAUCUUCAUGCCCUUAUCCAAAUGAAACCAGCUCUUUCUCAUCUUGGUGACAAGGGUUUGCUUCUACUCCUAAGAUUUCUGUCCAUCCCAAAGGGAUUUUCUUAUCUAAAUGAAAGAGGUUAUGUAACAAAACAGAUGGAAAAGUGGCAAAAGGAAUAUAACCUAAAGUACGUUGAAUUGAUUGAAGAACAACUUAAUGAAGCACUUACAACAUACCGCAAACCUGUUGAUGGUGAUAACUACGUUCGUCGGAGCAACCAAAGAUUGCAGCGACCACAUGUGUACCUGCCAGUUCACCUUUACGGCCAGCUGGUGCACCAUAAAACAGGCUGCCAUUUAUUGGAGUCCCAGAGUAUUGUUACAGAUCUAAGUUACACUGUUCGAUCCCCCAUGCUGGAUAAAUGGGAAGGAAUUAAGCAGCUGAAAGCAGCCCUUUGGGCUUUGGGCAACAUUGGAUCAUCGAACUGGGGUCUUAACUUGCUUCAAGAGGAGAAUGUAAUUCCGGAUAUAAUGGCACUUGCUCAACAUUGUGAGGUUCUCUCUGUUAGAGGAACCUGUGUCUACGUACUUGGUCUAAUAGCCAAAACUAAACAAGGAUGUGACAUUUUGAAGCAUCACAACUGGGAUGCAGUAAGACACAGUCGUAGACAGCCUUGGCCAGUGGUCCCUGAUGACAUGGAGCAACUCUGCAAUGAACUUUCUUCUAUACCCAGCACUCUUAGCUUGAACUCUGAGUCCACCAGUUCUAGGCACAACAGUGAAAGCGAAUCUGCUCCUUCAAGUAUGUUCAUCAUGGAGGAUGACCGUUUUGGUAGUACUUCCACCAGUACAUUCUUUCUAGAUAUUACUGAAGAUGCAGAACAAAUAUUUUAUGACAGACCUGGACCUUCAAAGGACAAAGACCGUAGUCCCUUUCCUUUUUUUUCUUCUAGUAGACUUGUGAAAAAUCGCAUUCUAAACUCUCUUACUCUACCUAAUAAAAAACACAGAAGUAGCAGUGAUCCGAAAGGAGGAAAGCUGACAUCAUCUGACAGUAAAUCAGGCCUGAGGCGAAAUCGUACAGUAACAGAACCUAGUGGUAGCAUAGACUUUCCUGCUGGGGAAGAAUUCAACCCUGUUUUCAGAGUUCCAAAAAUCCAGACUUUACGAUUAGAAACUUCUUUUGUUGGAAGUAAACAUGUAGAAGAUACUGAUAGUACCCCAGGUACUGGAGAAAAUGAUCUGAAGCUGCCAAAAGGUCUUGGAAAUGAAAUUCAUCGGGAAAACACAAGCAAAGAAAGGCUGAUAGGAGAUGGUACUACACAAACACAUUUCAAGAGUCGUAGCUUAAGUUUUAAUACAGAUACCACAACAAGUGGCAUAAGCUCAAUGAGCUCCAGCCCUUCAAGGGAGACUGUAGGUGUGGACACUACAAACGUAGAUACUGACUGUGGAAGUUUGAGUACUGUGGUAAGCACAAAAACAGUUAAACCAAGUCACUGUUCAACACCACAGUCUAACCACCUGCCUCUCUCAAAAUCCAACUCUGUAUCCCUGGUACCGCCAGGGUCUUCUCAUACCCUUCCCCGAAGAGCCCAGUCUCUUAAAGCUCCUUCACUUGCUACGAUAAAAAGUCUUGCUGACUAUAACUUCAGCUACACGAGUUCUCGAGAUGCCUUUGGCUAUGCUACACUAAAGCGCCUACAGCAGCAGAGGAUGCAUCCUUCACUGUCUCACUCAGAAGCCCUGGCAUCUCCAGCAAAAGAUGUGCUGUUUACUGACACCAUUACCAUGAAGUCUGGCAGCCUGGAUUCUCGGCUAACCCCAAGCCGGUUCAUGAAAGCUUUAAGUUAUGCUUCAUUAGAUAAAGAAGAUUUAUUAAGUCCUAUUAACCAAAACACACUUCAGCGUUCCUCUUCUGUUCGCUCCAUGGUUUCUAAUGCUACCUAUGGUAGCUCUGAUGAUUACAUUGGCCUUGCUCUCCCGGUGGAUAUCAAUGAAAUAUUUCAGGUAAAGGAAACUCCAUAUUUCCAGAAGAAAACUACACCUCCACUUGAUGACCGUGGAGCUAGGGUCUUUGCACCUGAUGCAGGAGGUCUUCCAUCAGGUGCAAGUGAUGUUGUCAAAAGCCCUUUCCAGAUGCUACGACAGCAGAUCAGUCUCACAGAAAUCAUGAAUACCAGCCGUUCAGACGCCUCUCAGUUUUUAGAAAGUACAGAGGAUACUGGUCUGCAGGAGCACACAGAUGAGAACUGUCUUUACUGUGUCUGCAUUCAAAUUCUGGGUUAUCAGCCUAACAACAAAGUGAACUCUGCGUAUAGUCGUACAGAUUUUUCAGACAUUCCAUAUACUGAGUGGUGUGGGCAGACCAUUCACAAUCACUUAGACGUGCAUUCCUCCAAAUUCUCUGGAAUUUCAGGCUGUAGUGAUGCAGUAUCCCAUGGUUCGGCUAGCAGCACCAAGAGUACAGAACUUAUGUUAGGAGUAAAAUCAAUCCCAGAUGAUACUCCAGUGUGCAGAAUACUUCUGCGGAAAGAGGUCCUACGUUUGGUAAUCAAUUUGAGUAGUUCAGUAGGAACUAAGGGCCAUGAAACUGGACUUUUGACAAUUAAGGAGAAGUACCCCCAAGCAUUUGAUGACAUUUGCCUUUACUCUGAGGUGUCCUACUUGUUAGCACAUUGUACAUUUCGACUUCCAUCCCGAAGAUUCAUUCAGGAGCUGUUUCAAGACGUUCAGUUCUUGCAAAUGCAUGAAGAAGCAGAGGCUAUUUUAGCAACACCAACAAAACAGCCUGUAAUCGAUGCAUCAGCUGAAUCCUGACCUCUGCCAAAGCAGUGCAUUUCAUGCAGACUUUCUGAAAUCCUCACACAACCUACAACUGACUGGACAAAAAAGGCUUCGAGCACCAUCUUCUAGACUGUUCCAGAAGCUACUGGUACCUGAAGACUGAACUGAAAACAUUUGCUUCCUCAACCAAUUACUGCCACAGUGAUUUGAGCCCUUUGGGGAUUUAUUAAACAUUACAUAGUUUUAAUAAUAGUAAUUACCAGUAUAUGCAAGAGCCAAGCACUGAACGCCUCCACAAGUUUUCAUUUCAUUUUCUACCAUACAUUAAGAAGAAAAAGGACAACUUGCAGAGACAUUAUUAAUUGACUUACGAUUCUGUUCCAGAGAAGCAGAACGAUGCCUUGCUUUUUAAACCCUGAAUACCAGGAAUCAGAGAGAUGGGAGUGCAUUCCACUGCCAGCAAUGGGGAGCCAUGCUGUAGUUGUGGGCACUAGGGGAUUAAUAUUAGCCCUUCUCUGUUGGUUUUUGUACUGUUUAUAACACUAUGAACAUGGGGAUUUUUAACUUCAGACAGAAAGAAAUGCCUCUGUGAAUCUGAGGUUUCAUUAAGUUAUUUUAAUAUUGCUGUAGUUGUAAGACAUUUAUUAGCAGUUUCUUCAAUUUCAUUACAUUUACAUACAUGUAUCUUGCCUGAACCAGUUAAGGAUUUUCACUACAAUUUGAUUUUCAAAAAACCAAAUAAUUUAAAUCUAAAAUGCUGAAAUGAGAUUGUUUUCCCUGAAUAUUAUGCAUGUGUUUGCAGUUUCUACACUCAUGCUCAUAUAAUACAAAUGUGGGUCUUACUCUUAACUACAAUCGUUUAAAAAGCAUGAUUUGUAUCAGAUAAGCAAAUAUUGUAUGAACUAAACUUGAAGACAUUUAAUCAUUGUAGCUUUUGUGAGGAGACAUAACAUGAGUGUUUUCCAAGUUCCAUGGAAACAACUUUUUAUAAAAACAAAGGUUUAUUUGAAUUUUCAAUGGGUUAGUGAUCAAGUGUCUGAUAGUACUAAUAAUUGUAGUGAAAAGCCUUAAGUAACAAAUUUUGGAGCAGCCGUACUUAUAAUUUUGUACUGGUAUUUAAGACUUGUUGCAAAAGUUAAAUGAUACAGUGACUGAUGAUGACUGAAGUAGUUGCCUCAAUCAUGUUACUAGCUAGGUUUCUAAACUAAUAAGUGCAAGCUUAAAAGAAAAAAAAAAAAGAAUCCCUGUCACUUUUGUCAUGAAUCUAAAGAUUCAGAAGCCUUUAUACAAAGGUAGUAUAAAUAUAUGCAAAUGUGUACAUAUAGUAGCAUGGCCACCUUUGUUAGAAUGCCUGUAAUAGAAGGGAUUACCCUUUGAUUUUGAUAUAGGUGAAUAAUUCAGCUGGACUGUACUGAGUAGAACGUAUUUUUAUCCAUUCACUUCUACCAUUUUUUAUAAUUGUCAGAUUAAUACUUAACUGAAACUUAUCCUUAACUGAAACUGAAACUUAUGCUCAUAACUCUGUUCUUACUAGCUAUGCUACUGGAGAUUUCAAGAAGUAGUCCUGUGAAUGGUAACACAUGAUUCCUAGUGAAACAUAGAAUUUAUUUCUUCUUAUUGGAAAUUUCACCAUGCCAUAUAAGCACCGCUUUGCAGCUAUCACUUCACUGAGUUCUUGUGUGCACUGCAUACCAUCAGGUUCCAGUAAAGCAAAUUGUAAGUUGCUGCUCAUAGUCAAAUUUAGUUCCUAAGAUUAUCUUUUCAUGAGUUCCCACUGAAAGAAGGAGCAAAAGGAAGCUGAGUCAACUCUUCUGUGGUCGUUGACACAAAUAAUACAUCUGUGUCAAGACAUGUUUGAAAUGUUCUGAAAACAGACCACACCAGUAACUACUGGACUUCUGGUCAUAAGAAAUAAAUGCUUCUGUAAAACCAAAAUGUCAAUCACAGUAGACCAAAUAGUGGUAUAAACUCCAAAGGAAAAUAAUGUAGUUUUCCCACAAAUGGGGAUAGCGUAUGUUAUACAGUAGUUUCAAACACUACCUCAGUUAGGCUAGAGUAGAAGAGAUUUGUUUUAAUAACUAAAUGGGGUUACAUCAAACAACUCCAUGUUAUUUUUCUGCAGUUAAAGCAAAAUAAACAAGUUUUAUCACCUGUAUUUAAAUAAAACACCUCUGUUCAUUUGUUAAGUUUAACCCAUAGCACUUAAUGUAGAAAGGCCUCUGAUUAUAAAAAGGUAAGCAAACCUACUUUUGAAAGAAUUUCCAUCCUGAAAUGCUUAUGCAUUCUGAAGUAUUUGCUUGCUUGUGUGGGGAUCCAUGACAACAGAAACUUGACAUAAAUAAUUAUGGCUGCAAAUUCAGUUAUAAAGCGUGAUUUUUCUUCUGAAAAUGUAUGAGUGUCAGUAAUUUCAACAAGUAUGCAUCAAGGAUGUAAAGUCUGUACUGUACAUAACAUACAACAUUUCUAGAAAAUUAAUUUACAUACUGACAUUAAGCUCAUUGAUGUUUCUGUUUAAUUGGCAAAUGAAGGGGAUACUGUUAUUGAAGGAAAUUUAUAUUGGCCUAGUUAUAAACUGUGAAUUUCUAAAUCUAUAGAUCUCUUUUUUUCAAAUACUGUUUUCAAAGUUCUUGUUUUGGGAUUUCGUUUGGUUCAUUUUAAAGCUUCAAAAUUAAAAUGUAGUAAGCAAUGAUUGUGCUUGUAUUAGCCCUAAUAAAGAAUCUCUUCCACUUCUCCUAGGGAAGCUGACAGACCACCCACUUUUAUAUUUCCAGUCUGAAUGAUACUGUUGAAUACAUGGCAAAGUGUGUAAUGUUCACCUACACUAUAUACCAAUGCAGUUGGGUUGCUGUGGCAAAGAAAACUUUCCCACGUGCUCAUACGCAGCUCAGAGACAGAAGCCGUUGUGGGAAGGAGAGGCUGCUUGUGAAACCAGUCACAUUUAGUCUACUGCAUUAGCUGUCCAAUUUACUUUGUUGGCUUUUACAGUCAGUGGAAAGGGGCAGCCCUUUGCAAAGGGCAGUGAACUGGUGGGGCCCCCAGGUACCUCCCCAAGGUCCUCUUUCUCUCAAAGGAGGGAAGGAGGACAUAGCUGGGUGCUGAGAGUCUCCUUUUGUAGAGAGAGACCUUUUCAGCUCUCUCAAAUUCAGACAUGCAGCAUGCUCCCAGCUGUUGCAGACAUCAGUUAGAGCUGGAGAUGGUCAGGCUUUGAAGUGGUGAACCUGUAUGUGGGGCCCCUGGCAUAUUGUGCUUCAAUCAAGUUGCUUUUCCUCAUCUGACCAUUCUUAUUUGACUGACAUCUGACAUACCUACCCUGCUCUCAUUGCAGGGUGGCGGUGUUUUUUCCCAAGUGGAGUUCUAAAUGAUUCGGAUUCAGUAGUUUAGGGUGCAGUGGCUCAGCACGCUGAGGUAAGCUGCCAUUAUAAGGCACCAGUGAGAAUCCUGCUUGGCUCUUUGUCGUCUUAUUUUGAAACAUACGUAGUGGUCUUGAAUGAGAUUUAGUUUGCAGUGAGACUGAAAACAAAACCGUAGCACCUUUACUAUGUGCCUGAAGAGUAAGGUAGCUAUUCAAGAAACAGAGAAUAAUCAAAGCCUUGUGAGAGUUGGAAGAGUUGUUGCUGCUUCAUAGUUGUGUCCUGGUCAUGGUAUUUGGCUUUUUGGGCUGCAGGAAGCUGGUGUUUCCCUGUAAGGGAACAUAAGCUCCAGUUUAGCAAUGGCAGUGGAAGGCUUGCUGCCAGUCUCUGGAACAUCUCCCUGGUUCUGCUCACCUCCCAGCAGGGCGGCACACAAGUCUUGUUACUGUGAGCUUUACUGGAGCCAGUUGAAAGCAGGUCUAGUAACUGCUUCUUUUUUAGUAGUUUAAAAAAGCUAUUAGAACACUUCUAUUAUUGUGUGCUUAUUAAUGAUAUACUUGGUGAGAGUAAAACCUGAACUAUAAAAGAACUUUGGGGACAUGCUAGAAACCAUGUUUGUAUUUUUCUAGAGGCCCCCCAUCUCCUUGGUUUUUGUUUUAAAUCCUCAUGGUGGUUCCAUAGAUAGUUUUGUUUUCAACGGAUUUAUAUUCAGUAAACAGUGCGGAUUUUCUUUGGGCUAUUUUUGUAGCAUAGAUGGACAGCAAUGCCACAGCAUGCAGAAGUUGCACAUUUUGAGUUGCUUUGUAAAAUACACUAUUUUAUUUGAGAAAUGUGAUUUAUGCCAAAAAAUGUAACAUGCCAUUUUGCCACUGAAUAGGGUGUCUCAGCACAAGAUACAAUGUCUAAGGGGAUAAAAGGCAGACAAUUUUUAGUUUUAAUUGAAAAAUUGUUCCAAUACUGGGCUGUCAGCAUCCCUAAAACUUCAUUACAAGAGAUUAUCUAAAUUAAUCAUUCUGAUCUGAGGAAAGGGAUCAAGGAAAAUCUCAAUACUUAUUCUCCCUGUCCUGUGCGGUCUUUUUUUAUUUAGUAAUACGCUGCUACAUAUUUGGAGGUUCUAGUGUUUUAGGUCACUGAACAGACAUUGAAAUCUGAUUUAUAUUGUAUACCUGUAACAUAGAAAGAAAAAGUAUUUAUAUAUUUUACGUAAGAAUAUUGCAUUGAGCUGUGUAUAAUUUAAACAGAGGCUUGUCCCAAAAUGGUAUUGCCCAUCUUGAUUUUCUUCGUGUUUUUCUUUUUUCUUUUUCUGUUUUUUUUGUAUACUGUGUACAGUUCAUGUCAAUGAGCAUUAAAGGCCUCCUGAAGCGUAGUCUUAUCAAAGGGAUGCGUUGUUAAUAAAAUGUACUUAAACUUCUAA